AUGGUCAACUUUUCAGGAGUGGACCUGACUGGGAAGACAGCCAUUGUGACUGGAGCCUCACGAGGAAUUGGGGCAUCGAUAGCUACUCAGCUUGGUCAACGCGGUGCCAAUGUGGUUGUCAACUUUGUGUCAGAUGGUAGCCGUGAGCGGGCUGAAAGUAUAGCCAAGUCGAUCAAGGAAAAUGGAAGUAACGCCGUGACUUGCCAGGCGAACAUCACCAACCUCAGCGACAUACCCAAGCUCAUCAGUUCUGCGCUUCAUCUCAGCCAGUCGGGUAAAAUUGAUCUGUUAAUUCACAACGCGGCGCUUGGAGUAGAUGCAAAUCUUGAUCAAGUCACGGAAGACCUGUACCUCAGCCAUUUUGACACCAAUGUGAAGGGGCCCAUCUUUUUGACUCAAGCUUUGCUCCCUUAUUUACCCAGGGGCGGCCGUAUCAUCUUCGUCUCAUCGGCAGCUGCUCGGCUGGGCGUCGCUGGCCAAACGGUGUAUGGCGCUACUAAAGCUGCCAAUGAAUCACUUGCUCGAGUAUGGGCCAAAGAGCUCGGCCAAUCCCACGGAAUCACCGUUAACUGCGUGAACCCAGGUCCGGUUGCAACUGAUCAAUGGAACGAAAGUGACAAGCAAUUCCGGGAAGACAUGCGUCCUCUAAUAGAAUCGACACCGGCAGCCGCACGAAUUGCCGAGCCCUCUGAUAUUGCACCGCUUGUUGCGUUUCUGUGCUCGGCAGACGCCGCAUGGUCGACCGGUGGCACGCUCUGUGCUAAUGGGGGCUUGUAUAACUAA